CUUGAGCUUGCUCUCAUUUAAAUCUAUCCCUGAUGUGCUUCCUUUAAAAUCCACAACCCUGUAAGCCAUGGCAGCAUCUCUAGCGACGGCACUGCACUCCUUUCUGUCCACCAUUUACCCUUUCCGCUACCAGAGAAGCCACCCUAAGAGUUAUAGCAACACAUACUACUAUAACAGCACGAGUAGCGGCAGCAGCACUCACUCCUACUUCGACGGGAACCUUUACACCGGGAAGAUGACCAAGGGAAAGCCUCUUUCCUUGCAGACUGUGGAGCUCAAAGUGAGGAUGUGCUGCACAGGUUGCGAGCGGGUUGUCAAACAAGCUCUUCUAAAGCUCAGAGGUGUCGAUUCAGUGGAGGUGGACUUGGAGCUGGAGAAGGUGACGGUGACGGGGUACGUUGACCGGAACAAGGUGCUCAAGGAGGUUCGCCGGAGCGGCAAAAAGGCGGAGUUCUGGCCCAACCCGGACCUCCCGCUCCACUUCACCACGGCGAAGGACUACUUCCACGACGAGGAGUCGUUCCGCGACAGCUACAACUACUGGAGGCAUGGCUACAACGGGGACAAGCACGGCCGUCUCCCCGUAACGCAGAGGGGUGAGGACGCUGUCAGCAACAUGUUCAACGACGAUGACGUCAACGCAUGCAGCGUCAUGUGAAGGUGGGAGACAGACGACGCCGGUGCAUAUGAUGUGUACUAAGUAGGCUAAGUAGAAGCUGUUCAUGUACAUGUUGGGAAAGGAAGGGUGGUUGUACAAUAAGUAUGUGUUUGUGGAACUAAUGUGGACUGCUUUCCCAGUGUUGGGAAUAAUACGGCUUAAGGCUUAAGCUUGCUUC